CCCGCGACAAGUUCACGAGGACCCCCUUUUGUUCCCCAGGCACCGCUUUUUUGCCUUUUUUAAGGCUUCCUAAAAACGUGAAGCUUGCUCAGAGGGGGGCGGGAGGUUUGUGACGGGUCCCGGAGCGGGCUGCGCGGCUCGGGGGGUGCCCGGGUCCCCCCAGCUGUCCCGAGAUGGCUUCCAUCUAAACCCCCAGCGCCUGAAUAACAUCCUCACGCCCUAACAGCAAAGCAGAGGGGCUCGCCGGUAGCGGGUCCGAGCUGUGCCCGGGCCACGCUGGUGCCUCACGGUCUGCCAGGGAGCGUCCCGGCCCCGAAGCGGCUCUGCGAGGAGCGGUAACACAGCGGGUGGCAGCCGGCCUGCGCUCGGCUGGCUCCUGGGGCAGCCUGUACACGAGGCUGUGUUUCUGUUGGCACUACAGAGCGAUCUCUCUAUAAAUAAGGCUUUCCUUUAAUCCCUUAAGGAAAUCUGAAGCGCCCCUCAAGACCCGGUUCGGUUCAAACUGAUAACCUAGAUGGCAAAGCCAGGAGCGCAGCUACACAGUAGGUUUUUAUUUUUUUUUUUAAAUCACAUUAUUUUUAUUACGUUUAAGAAAGUCUGGAAGUUAAGGGGACAAAAAGCACUCCAGCUCCUGAAAGCAGCAGCCUGCCCACAGGUCUGCGUUACCUGAGAGGACAGUUUGUCCCAACCCGUGCCUUCAGCGGAGGAGCUCUGGCUGGGUGUGCCUGGGUGGCUGAGAGUGAUGUGCGUGCGCCUGGAGGUGGAAAGGCACGUUGAGGGAUCCAGAAGGCAGUGGGAAAUAUUUAUCCUGUGGAUAGCCACUUACUAAGGCUCCGAUGAGAGCAGGGGAAGUGUGGAGGAGUGGAAGAGGCAGGCAGAGCUGCUGAGAGCGUUUUGGAAGCAGGCACCUGUUGCGGUGCUGGAAAAAGCCGAGUACUCAAUGCUGGGGAUGCAACCUGCACUUCUGGGGUCUCAAGUCCACGGGUGAGCAUUACAGAACCGCUUUAAUUGCAUUUGGCCACGUGUAUUAAAAGAGGUGUAACGUUCCUGGCAAGAGAUGUCCAUGUGAGUCUCUUCAGCCUGAAAUAACUCAGGGUCGCUUGCAAGAAGUUUCAAGUGGAGGCUGUGGUGUGAAGUAGCCCGUGCGGCGCUACAGACUCGAUUUAUUGGAACUGACACAAAGUUCACGUACCCAUGCACACCGAGUGUGGCCAAGCGUGUCCCUGAGUGGGAGUGGAGGAAGCGCUGGCUCCAGCUGCUCAGGCUUAAAACGGGCGCUGCUGAGCCCCGGCUGGACGCGUUUCCUGGGCUCUUUGCUCGGGCUUAGUUCGAGUUGCGGGUGAUCAGCCGACUGGUUGGCAGCAAACCUGGUAGUGUCCCUGCGGGAAACAAUGAAAGGUUAUUGGCAGCUACAGCUGCAUCGAUCGAUGACACGUGCAGAGGGUCUUGUGGGGGCAGCGGUCCCCACCCGUGCUCCGUGGGGGACUGCACCUCAAUCGGCAAGUAGCCUGAUAGUGUACGAGACACAGAUCAUCCGUGUACGUGGCUGGCUCUGCUGGCAUAAGCCCUUUCCAGGCAUCUUAUUUUUAUCUUCAUAUUUUAUCAAAGUGUUUGAAUUAUUCCGUGCCAUAGCACAGCAGUCGCCAGGGUUUCAUUGGCUGUAGUAACAGCUGUAUGCUCAGCGAUAGCAGAAGCGGCUACUGAAGUGGCAGUGUUACGCAUUUCAGAUAAUAGGAUCUCGUAUUAUAUUAGCAAUGUGUCUGAAAAUGACUUGUCUAAAUGAUCACAUUUACUCCUGGUGAGAGAUGCGUGCCCUCAGGCGUGACCUGGUGCGCUGUGUUCCUCCUGCGUUUUAGGGAGAAAGUUUCAGCUGGUCUGUUGAGGAAGAGAGUUCUUCAGGGUGGAAAGGACCCACAGGAAAGAAAGUUCGUCUUUAUCUUUAGAAACAGAAUUAUCAUCUUCCAAAGUAAUGCUAGGUAAGAACACAGCAAGCUUGCGCUCCAUGUUUGUUAUUGUGACUUCAGGUCUUUAAAGCACCGUUUUGCUGCUGGGAAGAGGGGCGAAGCUCUGUGUCGGGUAUUUUCAGAAGCUCUUAGAGCUGCGUUACUAACAGCUGCUCAGUGAAGUUCUCGCCGUGUCGAGUCUCUGUGCGAACGUUCGCUCCUUUCACUUGCCUCUUCUGUCUCACACCCCAGGCAGAGGUGUGCAUGGCGAAGUGAUGCUAAGCAGAGCUGCAGCUAAAAGCGGAGCGAGGCGCGUUCUUGAGACCGGCAGUCUCCUCUGGCGGCACUGUCAGCAGCUCACCCCAGGCAGUGCCGUGAGCGGGAGUUCCUAUUCUUGGCCUCGCACGGUGGUUGAAUUCACUGAAACCCUUGGAAACUUAUCUCCAGCGUGGAAAGUAGAGUUGGAUUUUUCCCUUGUGCCUGCCUGUACCUGGAGAGUCGAGGCGUGAGCUAGGUGUCCCCGGGAGCUCGUGAGCUGCGUCUGGGAUGAAUCGAGUCCCCACGCUUCGGGGCUGCUCGUAUGGGUGCGGAUGGCUCCUACAGCUGACGGUCCUGGGCUUGCUGUGCACUCCUCUGCCUGCUCUGAAGGGAGUGGCGGUGUUCAUCCCACAGAAGAAAUUGGAGAGCUUACAGAAGGGUCUCCAGGAGUACAGCUGAGUCUGAGGGCGUGCUGUAGGUGAUGCAUUAGAAAUAGCAUCGCCAAUGGGGCGAAGUGAUUGUGUCUGCGCGGGUGAAAACCUCCUGCGUAGAAAGGCACUUGCAUGCAACAGGCAGCGUGGGGAAACCUUUGGGCAGCAAAACCAACAAAUGAUUUGUGUUAGUGACCGAGGGUGCAGAGAGGUGGCAAGGACAGCUGAAAGGUGUGCGGAGCGCUGGGAGCGUGGAAGGAAGCCAUCCAUACACACUUACUCAUAUUUACCGCCUCCAUGCCCGGCAGAGGCAGCAGCACGCCGCCCUCCUGGAAAGCAUUCCUUAACCGGGAGAAAGACAAAGUGCACUCGGCUUCUGGAGGAGCGGGGAGCAAAUGCUAAUUCCUUUUCAGGGUCUGUUGCCAUGGGGAGUCAGUCCAAAUCCUUUCUAAUGCCUUCCUCAGCAGCGAGUUGUGCUGACACACGCUUUUCAUGACUUCCCGGAAAGAGCGGCGAAAUGAAACAAAAGCCCCGUCAGAAUUAGCAGCCGCAGGAAGGUUUAGGUUAGCGGGGCAGGACAGGUAAGACACUCGUCCGGGACCCGGCCCGGCACAGCCCGGCCUCCUGCCACCGCCGGGUGGGCGACGCGGGGUGGGAGCUCGUUUGGGGCAGGUGGCGAGGUCUGUGCGCCCCUCUGGGGCGGGCGUCAGCCCUGCUGCCUGAUCCGAGCUGCCCCGAGGGGCUGCGCAGGGCCUCCCGGAGCAGGGCUACAGCAGGUGGGAGGCAGGCUGCUGCUGCCGCCUCUUCUUGGCUUCUCAACACCUUCGGCACUGGCCGGGUGAGGUUGGGUACGGUUUCCUGGGUGCCCCGAGGGGCUUGCGUAAACAAGCAACUGACACCAGUCUGUCUUCGGCUCGUGAAGGAUGUGUGACUAGGAUUAAUGUUUAGUGCCCUGAUAAGGAAAUUACCAAAAUAUCAGUUUAAAACAAACAAAAAGCCCGUGCCAUCACCACCACACGCACAACCCCCCCCCCCCCCAAACAAAAAACCAAAGGCACACCUCAACUUCAUAUCUCUAAAAAGCCUGAUGUGCCAUAUCUGUGUCCUAAAUCCAAACUCUUGUGAGCUUUUCCUUUUGUAUAGACAACUCUGACUCCUAGGAGUUUCCGAUUGCUUCCAGCUAAACCCACAGGAAAUUUCUCUUCCCACUGUGUGGCUCGCACACCGCCACCACCUUCAGAGCCAUCGCUGCUGUGCCAGUGCAGCCGUCCUCGGGGCCGCGUGGCAAAUUAGAUCAGGGACUGCUCUGGAAGGAAAAUAAACCAGCUAAAAACUUGUUAUUCCUCUAGGAACUGGAGGAAUUCUGGAGGAAUAAAAAUAAGAGAAGGAUCAGGUACUAGAUGGUUUUCCCUUCUAUUACCAGCUGUUAUCAAUAAUCUGGUUUUGUGCUGGUGACAUUUAUGAAUAAAUACUUGCUGUUGAAAAGGGGGUGUAAUUUGGGGGAUUUUUUUAAAGCUUUUUAUUUAUACUACAAGAUACUUUAAAUUCUAGAAAGAAUCUCUGUAUACUAUGGAUACUUACAAAAAACAAACUUAGUAAGGUAGCUGAGGCUUUCUCUGGAGGUUUCAGACUGGAGGUUUCAGGCUGGUUUUGGCCGUGGGAGGUGCUGGUGUCCUGUUGGCAGGACCCAUUUGUGCUGUCAGACUGACUUAAUGUUACCUGUUGAAGUGCUUCAGCAAUGAGAAGCGGAGAGGGAGCUGAGAAGAGAGGAGGUUAGCAAUCUGCAGCCUGCGGACUGCUCACGGAGCUUUAACUACCACUUCAGUUUUCGGAGCGCUCUCCAGAGGGCUCGAACCAAGUUCCAAGCGCUCGAUGGGCGCGUGCUGAAUUCCCUCUUCACAUUAGGGGCCUGCGCAGUGUCCAGGUGAAAUAGUGCAGCGAACUAUUUAGAUUAUGCCGCGGCUUUAUGAAAUAGUUGAGUGCUAACCAUAACCGUCCGCGCCGCGAACACGCUUCUCUCCCCCUCCAUCUGCUGGUGCGCUGCGGUGGGACCGAUUCCCUCGGACGAGCUUUGAAAGGGCAGGCGCAGAGCGCUGAGCCCUGGGGCCAUCGGGUUCUUGGUGUUAAGGCCCUUGUAACAUGAAGCAUCUAGCACGACCUAGACAGAGCAUAUACAUCCUCCGCUGAAUUCAGAAGUACCUUAUACAUUUAGCUCUGCAAAUUGUGGAAUCAAUUUCAUAGAACAACACAUAACAAAAUAUCCCGUGUGAGGAGUUCCCCCACUGUCUUAGUAAGAAAAUCAUCUCUCCAACAUAUAUCUACAUGGACGUACGUAUGCAGGUGUCAGUUGAGUUAUUUUUUGUAUCAAACUUCUCUGAGCAAAAUGAGUUCACUUCCAGUAACAACCUGGGGAGUACCGCUCAGCAGAGCUAGUCACAGCCAGGGCUCUGCUCUUUUGGAGGACAUCUCCUGCGGAACACAGGGCUCAGGGCACUAACAUCCCGUGCCGGGGUCAGAGCUGGCCCUGCGGAAAUUAUUUUAGGUAGCUGUCUUUGAUGGUGAGCAGAAAGUCUUCUCACGAUGAGUUACUGGAGUCUGGAUAAGAAAAGCUGUCUGCAGUACUGCCGGCACUUCUUGGUGGACAACGGGGUGUUUCACGUUGAAAGAUGCAUGAGUGUUAUGCAGUCUGGGACUCAGAUGGUUAAGCUGAAGAGUGGAACCAAAGGGCUCGUUCGUCUCUUCUACCUGGAUGAGCACAGAACCUGCAUCCGAUGGAGACCGUCCAGAAAAAGUGAAAAGGCAAAAAUUGUCAUCGAUUCCAUUUACAAAGUGACCGAAGGCCGGCAGUCCGAAAUCUUCCACCGCCAUGCAGAGGGGAACUUUGACCCGAGCUGCUGCUUCACCAUUUACCACGGCAACCACCUGGAGUCCCUGGAUCUGAUUACCUCCAACCCAGAGGAGGCUCGCACCUGGAUCACGGGGCUGAAAUAUUUGAUGGCUGGAAUAAGUGAUGAGGACUCGCUUGCUAAGCGACAGAGAACACACGAUCACUGGGUGAAACAGACCUUUGAGGAGGCUGACAAGAACGGAGAUGGCCUGCUGAACAUUGAAGAGAUCCACCAGCUGAUGCACAAACUCAACGUUAACCUGCCCCGCAGGAAGGUCCGGCAGAUGUUUCAGGAAGCUGACACAGAUGAGAACCAAGGAACCUUAAAUUUUGAAGAAUUUUCAGUGUUUUACAAGAUGAUGUCCUUACGUCGAGAUCUCUACUUGUUGCUUUUAAGCUACAGUGACAAGAAGGAUCACCUCACUGUUGAAGAACUUGCUCAGUUUCUAAAGGUGGAACAAAAGAUGAAUAACGUGACGCCAGAAUAUUGUCUUGACAUCAUACAGAAGUUUGAGGUGUCAGAAGAAAACAAGGAGCAGAACGUUCUUGGGAUUGAAGGUUUCACCAACUUCAUGCGCAGUCCUGCUUGUGACGUAUUCAACCCAUUGCACUGCGAAGUGCAUCAGGAUAUGGAUCAGCCCCUCUGUAACUAUUUCAUUGCUUCAUCUCACAACACGUACCUGACGGGAGACCAGCUGCUGUCCCAGUCCAGAGUGGAGAUGUACGCGCGGGUGCUGCAGGAUGGCUGUCGAUGUAUCGAAGUGGAUUGCUGGGAUGGUCCAGACGGAGAGCCGGUAGUGCACCAUGGGUAUACGCUUACCUCUAAAAUACUCUUCCGUGAUGUGGCAGAAACUAUCAAUAAGUAUGCUUUUGUCAAAAAUGAGUUUCCAGUGAUACUGUCUAUUGAGAAUCAUUGCAGUAUCCAACAGCAGAAGAAGAUUGCUCAGUACUUGAAGGAGAUAUUUGGUGACAAAUUGGACUUGUCAUCUAUAGUCACCGGCGACUCCAGGCAGCUUCCUAGUCCUCAAAAUCUGAAAGGGAAAAUCCUAGUGAAGGGAAAGAAGUUGCCAUACAGUCUUGGAGCAGAUGCUGAGGAAGGAGAAGUUUCUGAUGAGGACAGUGCUGAUGAAAUUGAAGAUGACUGCAAAUUAAAGUCCUGCUAUAGUAAUGGUGCAACAGAGCACCAAGUGGAAUCUUUUAUAAGAACAAAGCUUGAAUCUCUGGUAAAAGAAUCGCAAAUCAGGGACAAAGAAGAUCCUGACAGCUUCACUGUGAGAGCACUGUUAAAGGCAACUCACGAAGGUCUAAGUGUUAACCUGAAACAGAACCUGGACACAAAAGAAGGUGGAAAAAAGUCUCAUAGUCGAUCAUUAAUGGGCAACUUCGGUAAACACAAAAAAGCAGGGAAGGCAACAUCCAAAUAUAGCGCAUCAGACGAUGAAGAAAAUCAGCAAAACUCUUCUGGAAAGGAAGCAGGGCAGCUCCACAGCAGACUGGCUCGUCGAAGAAAAACUGUGAAGCUGUGCCGAGCUCUGUCUGACCUGGUGGUGUACACAAACUCUGUGGCAGCCCAGGAUAUAGUAGAUGAUGGAUCAACAGGGAACGUGCUGUCGUUCAGUGAAACAAGAGCCCACCAAGCAGUGCAGCAGAAGGCCGAACAGUUCAUGCUUUACAACCAGAAGCAGCUUACAAGGGUCUACCCAUCGGCAUAUCGGAUCGACUCCAGCAACUUUAACCCUUUACCUUACUGGAAUGUUGGUUGCCAGUUAGUGGCACUAAACUACCAGUCUGAGGGACGUGUGAUGCAAUUAAAUGAAGCAAAAUUUAGGGUAAAUGGCAACUGUGGUUAUGUCCUCAAACCUCAGCAGAUGUGCAAAGGCACAUUCAACCCCUACUCUGCCGAUCCACUUCCUGCCAGUCCCAAAAAGCAGCUCAUUCUGAAAAUAAUCAGUGGACAGCAGCUACCUAAGCCUCCUGACUCAAUGUUGGGUGACAGAGGAGAGAUAAUAGAUCCUUUUGUCGAGGUGGAAAUUAUUGGAUUACCUGUUGACUGCUGUAAAGAUCAGACCAGGGUGGUUGAUGACAAUGGGUUUAAUCCUGUUUGGGAGGAAACACUCACUUUUACCAUUCACAUGCCUGAAAUAGCUUUGGUCCGAUUUCUUGUUUGGGACCAUGACCCUAUUGGGCGAGACUUCGUGGGACAAAGAACCGUGGCCUUUAGCAGCCUUGUGCCUGGUUACCGCCAUGUGUAUUUAGAAGGACUGACAGAAGCAUCCAUAUUUGUUCAUAUAACCAUUAAUGAAAUCUAUGGAAAGAAUAAGCAGCUGAUAGGACUCAGAGGGUUGUUUAACAAGAACCCUAAGCACAACGCUGCUGAAACGAGCGGUCACUAUGUACGGAAGCGAUCUAUUGGUGACCGGAUUCUCCGGCGCACAGCUAGUGCACCUGCAAAAGGCAGAAAGAAAAGUAAAAUGGGUUUUCUGGAAGCCACGGAAAUUAAAGACAGUACCUCUGAACCAGCAGACCUGAAAGACAAAGAAGGAGUCGUAAGGCGUACAAGCCGGAGUUUGCAAGCCCGUCCUGCUUCUAUGCCAGUGGACAAAUACCUUCUGGUAGGACUGCCGUGCCCGGAUAAUGAAACUGCUCAAGAUGCCAAAGGAAAAGAAAACACAUCUGCCAACAGUGAUGGCAAUAAAAAUGAGAAGGAAACGAACUUGAAAGAAUCUGUUUUCAUCUGUUCUGAGAAAACAGCAAAUAUUUCAAAUUCGGCUUCUCCCUUUGCAAAGGAGAAGGCCCAGAAGGAAACGACAGUUGAUUCUUCCUUAGUACCACCUCUCCAGGAACAACAUGAAAAUUCAGUUUUCACAAGUGGUGGAGCUGAAACAAAUCACCUCAAAGGCUAUGAAGAAAAUCAUUUUUCUGGUGAAACUGUCCCUCCAGUGCAGGCCUCUCAUUUUGAGCUUGUCACAGAAAAAAUAGAAGACAAAAACUGUGCAGACAAUAAAAAGGAAGAUGACACAAAAGAGACUAAGGAGGAGAAAACUCUUGUGGGGACUUUGCUUUCUGAAAAAGUAGAGGAGAUGGAAAAUCUCAACCACGACAUCGUCCAGAGGAGCACUGCAGCAGGUCUGUCUCUGACGGACACUUCCUCUCCUGCCUGCUCCGGUGCUCCUGACUUACAUUCCACCUCAGCCAUGCAAGACAGUGACAUUUCUCGCCUCAUAGAGGAAGUUUCUUUAGUGAGUGAGAGCGAGCUGGAUAGUGCUGUCUCAGCUCUGAUCAGGCAGCUGGAUGUCACAGACGCCCAAACCAAUCUCACUGUGCUCUCAGGCCUCCAUGGCACUGGCAGCCAGACCUUCAGCGCCAUGCCUGCGCGCCCCUGCGUGCUUACUGCAGAACUUAACACUCCCUGUAAAAAUGACGUUAUUAGCACAAAAUCCAUCAAAUCCCCAUUGUUCUCAACUCCAGAUCCAGCCCUGUUCUCCAGCCCCGAGACUGCAGAGUAUUCUGUGUACGCAAUUAUCCACGAAACAUCUCUUACGCCACCUUCCGAAUAUAAGACACACAGUGGAUUAGUUUGCAAGAAAAAGUCAAACAGUGUAGAAAAUAACGUGCCUAGCACACCUUGUUCUUCACCUCUCUCUUUGCCAAGUGCAGAUCCCAAAAGGAAAUGUGGAAUGAGCUGGGAAGCCACCAAGUCUGCCAGCUCUCUUGCUUCCAGUAGCCUCAUCUUUGAGGAGAUGCUUGUGGACCCUCCCACGGGUGAGAAUUCGGAAAGCAGCAGUCUUGUAGAAAUCGAUGGGGAUUCUCAGGAUCUCUUGGUAACUACAUGUGAGUACAGGCGGGAAGACAUGAGCCAGCUGGCCUCCCCUUUAAAACUGAGGCAGGAGCAGGACAGCAGGCGCUGCGGUGAGAGGACCUUUGGGAGUUGCGCAGCUGUCGAGCUCUGUGCUGCUGCCCUGGACUGCUCAGAUAGCUUCAGGACUGCAGGGCGUAAACUCCCUUUUCCAGUCUGUGGAAACGUUGAUUUUCUACAUCACCAUCAUCACGCAGAUAAACAGAAAGAUGCGAUGUGUUCCUCCAAGGGAUCCCAACUCAAAGUACACUCAUCGGUGCUCCAAAGUUCUUUGGCCUUCCCUCCCUCUUCAGCCGUCAAACAGACCAGCCCUUGCAAAUCCAAGAGUCUCGGUGACUUGACGUCGGAGGAUAUUUCCUGCAAUUUCGAAAGUAAGUAUCAGUACAUCAGUAGGAGCUUUGUCACGUCCGGCAUGAGAGACAAGAAGCUUGCUGCUAUGAAGACCACGAGACCCCAUUCCACAGAUGCUCUGACGGAACAGCUGAGAAAACUGGUGUCCCUGGACCAGGAGGACAGCCACCAGAUGCUGUAUUCCAGGCAGAUCGAGGAAGACUGCCCAAAGGCCCUGGUCAGAAAGCUGUCGUCCAGAAGCCAGAGCAGAGUGCGGAACAUAGCCAGCCGCGCCAAGGAGAGGCAGGAAGCCGCCAGCAAGCAAAGGUCUUCGCACACAAGCAGCAUAGCAGGGGUCGUGCUUCGGAACAAGCCUUCGGCGUCUCCUCACGUGAUCAACAGGCAUUCGACGGGCUCGUACAUAGCCAGGUACCUGAGCAGCUUCCCCGGGGAGGACGUGGAGGGCCGAGGAAUACCGGAGGGCGCCUGCGCUGCUCUGCACUACGGCUGCAGCGACCAGUUGUGUGCACGCAAUUCCGUUCUGCAGCUGGAACCCAACAGCGAUGAUAAGCCAGAAAUUUAUUUCCUGCUGAGGCUGUAGAUUGUAUAAAUGUACAUCUUCAAUGUUUACAAACUAUUUCAAUGAAAUGAAGGAUUUUUAGCAAGAAGUACUGUUUUGAGGGUUGUUUAAAUUAUUUAGAAAUGCAAUUUCAUGCUAGUGAUUCGGCUGUGAUUUAAUGUUCCCUUUCCUGUCAACGCUUAUGUAAAUAGAAACUGUGCUCCGUCCUUCUGUAUGUAUUACUUUAAUUUAGAAAUUAUAAAAGGAAGUAGUCUGAGGACUAUUUGCAUGCAAUAAGCAUCUGUAUUUGUAAUGCACCGCGUUUUAACAGAUGAGCACAUCUGUGUUCAAGAGCAUAACGUUGCAAUGAAUGCAAGAGUAUUUUCCUGUUUUCCUGAAGCCCUACUGUUUGGGAAAAAAAUUGUGAUCCCUUUUGGCCUUUCAUGCAAUUUCUACUAAGUGUAGUGCUUUCUGUUCUUGGUAAUUCCUUUGGGGUUCAGUUUCUGAACUAGGACUCAGACCCUUGCUUAGUACCGCUGUUUUCACUCUACCUGUACUCAGUUGUUAGCGUUUAUUUUCCAUGUUUCCAUUUAGGAGCUGUGAUUCUACAAGAAACAAUUUGUAGAACUAGGGUUAGUCCAAAUUUGUGAGUGAUGCAUAGGUCUGUCUCCUGCCCACUCUGUGAAGUAUAGCAGCAGUUGUAUUCUAUUUUUGUCCAUGUGUGGAAUGCUAAUUUCAGGCCGGAGUGGAACGUGGGAGUAAUCCAGCAUUUAUCAACUGAAAACAUUUAAUUUCUGCAUAUUUUGUUACGUACUUUUGCUAUUGGUUGUGUUUGUAACUUCAAUAUGGUAGCAGAUCUGUUUUCUGUAUAUUUGUAAUUUUAUUGUUAAAUUGUUGACAGUCAGUGGGAUAUUUAAAGCUGACAUGGUGUAGAGUAACUAUUUUGACUGUCCUUCAUCUUUUUCUAUGAACAUUGAAAGUGAAUUGAGUGAGUAAUCUCAAACACCUGAGGCUUCCCUGCAGGGAGCAACAUAGCUUUAUUUUGGUUUAAAGAUAUUCUUUGUCUUCACUGUAAGUUUUUUUCUUAUAUGUAAAAGAUGUACCUUUUACCUCUUUCUUUUUGUAAUGCAGAGUAUUAUUCUUGAGAACAUCAUUAAAAUAGAUUUUUAAGCACCUGGUUACAUGUUUACUGAAACCGUAGCAAAUGCAAUUAUGGUUAAAAUAACAGUAGUGAUUGCACACGUCUGUCUUGCCGUGAGCUUGCAAUAAACUUUCAGAAAGGGGGAAAUUCCAUCAUUUCAAGUGAUGGUGAUGUUUCUUGGCUAGAAACUUGCAGCUGAGCUCCUCUCUUCUCUGGAUAGGAAGCCAGGUUUACUGAGAAUGUCUAACUACCUGCCUAUCCCUAAUUCCCAAUAGGAUUUUUUUUUAAGUUCUUUCUUUAGAAGAUGGAUUUAGUUUUGUAAUUAUAAUUUGCAUUUUUUUUCCUUCUGGGCUUCACUGUACUUUUUUCAUGUACUUUUCCUUGCCUCCAUCUUACCUUGCUGUCCAGGUCAGAAAUGUGCUCUGUUUAUUGUUUAGCAUUCCUUAAAUUCCUGUGGAGUC